AUGAUUAUCCGAGUUGACAAAUGCAGUACCUUUGGCAUUAAAAAAGCGAUCACAAAAUCAGUUCAGUACUUGCCAAAACUAAUCAUCAGCAAUCAACUAAUACCAAAAAUCACCAUUGGAGAAUCAUUUCAAUAUUUAGGACGUUACUUUGAUUUCCACAUGUCGAAUGAUAAUCACAAAACUGAACUAACCACCCUACUUAACGAACUAAUGUCUGAUAUUGACUCAAAGCCACUACACCCCAAAAAUAACCUGCUCCUCUACAGUCGCUACGUCUUGUCCAAGUUAGCCUGGCACUUCACCGUCGCAACACUCUCUAAAACAUGGGUUACUGAAAAUAUCGACUCUAUUGCCAACAAAUAUAUCCGCAGAUGGCUUGAAGUACCAAUAUCAGGAACACUAAGUUCUGUCUUUCUAACAAAUAACAAAUUUGGCCUGAGUAUUUAUCCUCCAUCUGUAAAAUUUAUCCAGUGUCAAACAGUCCUCCGAAAAGCUUUAAAAUCUUCUCCUAAUGAAUCAACUAACGACCUGUGGAGAGCAACCAGUAACCAUACUAAUAUCCAAUAUGACGCUUAUAACUCUACUAAGGAAGUUCUCAAAGAUUUCCGUUCUGGACACGAAAACAAACUCCUAAACCGAUUAACCAGUCAAGGAUCCUUUUUCUGCAGCGUCACGAAGUUCGCUUUACCUCAGCUUAGCAAGGUGUGGUCCGUCGCCCAAUCAAAGCUCCCGAAAAACAUUUACAACUUUACCAUUCGUUACAUUAACAACUCUCUUCCGACGCGAAAAAACCUAAACAGAUGGGCAAUAUCUUCAAAUUCAGACUGUUCUUUUUGUCUUAGCCCUGAAACAUUACUACACAUAGUAGCUGGAUGUCAGUUUUAUCUCGACCGAUUUACGUGGAGACACAAUUCAGUCCUGAACUUUCUUGCUCAUCAGUUACAAACUGUUGACGGUUCUACUCUCUACGCUGAUCUAAAUGGAUUCAAAAGCCCUUCAAUACUUACUGGUGAUACGUAUCGCCCAGAUUUGUUAUUAUCGUGCUCAAAUGGUUCCUUGUAUGUGGUUGAACUCACCACUGGUUAUGAGACAAACCUCAAAAACAACGUAAAACGGAAGAAGGAUAAAUAUAGAGAAUUAUUGAGACAGCUAGGUAAAAAUUUUAACCAAGUUAAAUUUAUAAAUCUCUCCAUCAGCUCUUUAGGUAUUUUUGCAGAAGAAUGUUAUACAUUUUUAGACAUGUUAGAUAGUAUUGGUCUUGACAAAAACCACCAAAUGUACUGCGUUAGGAAAAUGAUGACUAUUGCUAUUAGAACUACAUAUUACAUUUCUUGUUGCCGAAAUAAGGAAUGGGAAAAUCCGGAUUUACUAACAAUUUGA